AUGUUUAGUCUAUUACUCCAAGCUGCUGGAACUUCUGCCGUUACCACCUCUCUCCGGACGCAAAUUAGUGGAGUGAUGGGCUCUACUUCACUUGCAUGCUGGAUCGUGCUUUUAAUGCCACAACUCAUUGAGCAAUGGCGUUUAAAGUCUGCUGAAGGAAUCGCUAUUGGAUUCAUUUCCAUCUGGUUCCUUGGAGACUUGUUCAAUCUUAUUGGUGCUGUUUGGGCCGGUCUCUUACCCGAAGUUAUUUUUUUGGCAAUUUGGUUCUGUAUUGCAGAUGCAUUGAUGAUAUCCAGUUAUUUCUACUAUACACGAAUCUACAGAAAGAAAACUAGUCACCAUAACCACCAUCAUCACCACCACCACCAGCAGCAGUAUCAUGACAACAGUAACAGCAACGAAAGUAACAGCCAUGAAAAUUACCAUCAACACGAGCAAGGCCCUAAUCAUCACCAUGCACUUAAUGAAGAUGGUCCUGGUGAAUUGGAAAGAGACUUUAUUGAAAGCAGUGAGCAUACUCCACUUGUUCGUAAACGCAGCAGAAGAAAUAGUACUUUAACCGAUAUUGCCAUGGAACCACAGUACCACUCGGUUUUUGUCAAAUACAUUCUUCCUAUAAUCUUUGUAAUUGGUGCCGGGGUAGUGGGAUUUCUCAUGUCUGGCAAGGAAGCCAUUCCUGAUAAUCCAUCUCCACCAAACCCUAACCCACACGAUCCGCCACAAGAUGUGAUUGCAUUUGGGCCGCAAGUUAUGGGUUAUUGUUCUGCAUUUCUUUAUUUGGGUGCGCGUAUUCCACAAAUUAUUCAAAAUUACCGAAAGAAAUCCGUUUAUGGGUUAAGCUUAUUAUUUUUCUUAUUUUCAACCUUGGGUAACUUGACGUAUGCGGGACAGAUUUUGUUUUACAGAUCCGACUGGAAAUAUGUUGUGUUGAACAUGUCGUGGCUUUUGGGUAGUUUGGGCACGAUUUUCGAGGAUUGCUUGAUAUUUAUGCAGUUUUACAUGUAUAGAGACAAUAGUGUUGAGGACGACUUUAUCUAG